AUGUUUUCAACUGGCUAUGGCUCUGCUCCGUACAUGAUUGCUGUUGGCGAUUUCGACAACGAUCAUCGACCUGAUGUCGUCGUCGCCAAUUUCGGUACAAAUAGCAUCAGUGUACUCCUCAGAUUCCAAAAUGGGUCUUUUGCAAACAAAACAGUUCUAUCAACUGCAUCAUCUCGGCCCGUUUGGGUCCAUAUAGCAGAUAUUAAUAAUGAUGCAACAUUAGAUAUUGUCACUGCUAACCACGGCACACACAGUGUGACUGUAUUUUAUGGAUAUGGGAAUGCAAGUUUUUCAAACUCAAGCACGUACUCUACAGGCUAUGAUUCUUUCCCGUUAGCGGUUGUUAGUGGCGAUUUCAACAACGACAAACAGAUGGAUCUUGCUAUCGCCAAUUAUGGUACCAAUAAUGUCGGUAUCAUGCUUGGAGCUAGUAACGGCACUUUCGCAAGACAAAGCACGUUCUUAACUGGUCUUAAUUCCCAUCCAUACUCGCUUGUCGCUGGUCAUUUAAACGAAGACACUAAUCUAGAUAUUGCCGUCACCACCUAUGGAGAUAACAGUGUUGGUAUACUUCUGGGUCAUGGUAAUGGAACGCUUAUAACCCAGAUAACAUAUUCCCUCGGUGCUGCUUCUCCUUAUUCUAUUGGAAUUGGUGACUUCAACAACGAUAAUCGAAUGGAUUUAGUCGUCACCAAUAAUGGCACUGACAAUAUAGCUCUUCUUGUCGGGCAUGGCAACGGUACUUUUACAAGCCCAAAACUGUAUUCAACUGGAUCUUCUUCAUCAAUCUCCAUUGCCAUAGGUGAUUUAAAUAGCGACAAUCGUUCAGAUAUUGCCUUCAUCAACAAUGAUACGAGUACCAUAGGUAUCAUGCUUGGUUAUGAUGAGUUUUUUCCAAUUCAAACGACAUAUUCAACUGCCAUUAAUCCAUACUCUGUAGCUGUUGGUGAUUUCAACCAUGACACCCGACUAGAUAUUGUAGUUGCUAAUAGCUUUAGCAACACUGUAAGUGUAUUUCUCGGAUAUGGAAAUGGCUCUUUUACAAAUCAAACGACAUAUUCAACUGACUCUCACCCCUACUAUGUAGCUCUUGGUGAUUUGAACAACGACACUCAACCGGAUAUCAUCAUCACUAAUUGGAAUAACAACACUGUAAGUGUACUUUUAGGAUAUAGCAAUGGCUCCUUUCCAAAUCAAAUGACAUAUUCAACUGGCACUUCCCCCAGCUCUGUAGCUGUUGGUGAUUUUAACAACGACACCGAUCUGGAUAUCGUCGUCACCAAUUCCCAGGACGACACUGUAAGUGUACUUUUAGGAUAUGGAAAUGGCUCUUUUACAGAUCAAACGACAUAUUCAACUGGGUUUGGAACAUGGUCUGUAGCUGUUGAUGAUUUUAAUAAUGACAGCCAACUGGAUAUCGUUGUUGUUAAUCGGGAUAACAACACUGUAAGUAUCCUUCUCGGAUAUGGUAAUGGCUCUUUUGCAAAUCGAACGGCAUAUUCAACUGGCUUUGCCCCAACAGCUAUAGCUGUUGGUGAUUUUAAUAAUGACAGCCAACUGGAUAUCGUCGUUGUUAAUCUGUAUGGCAACACUGUAAGCAUCCUUCUCGGAUAUGGCAAUGGCUCUUUUGAAAAUCAAACGACAUAUUCAACUGGCUCUGUCCCAGAAUCUGUAGCUGUUGGUGAUUUUAAUAACGAUACUCGAUUGGAUAUCGUCGUUGUUAAUUUUGGUGACAACACUGUAAGCAUCCUUCUCGGAUAUGGCAAUGGCUCUUUUGCAAAUCAAACGACAUGUUCAACUGGCGCUGGUCCACAAGCUGUUGCUGUUGGUGACUUUAACAACGACACUCGAUCGGAUCUCGUCGUUGCUAAUUUUAAUGACAACAAUGUAGGUGUACUACUUCGGUAUGACAGAGGAGCUCUGAAAGAUAAAAUCACAUUUGCGCCUAUCGAUGGUUCUCGUUUGCGAAACUUUGCCCUUUUUGAUUUCAAUAACGAUAGCCUAUUGGAUAUCGCUGUUGUCAAUUAUGGUACGAAUAACAUAGGUAUCCUUCUUGGACGUGGAAAUGGUACUUUUGGAAAUGAAAUGGUGCUCUCAACAGGCUUAAAUUCUCAUCCUUACUCCAUUACUAUCCAUGAUUUCAAUAGAGACGGUCAAGUAGAUAUAGCCGUGGCCAAUCAUGGUACUAAAAAUCUUGUUACGUUUCUGGGUAGUGGAAAUGGAACAUUUGAAAAUCAAGGACGUUACGGUAUAAAUUUUGAUUUUGCUCCACUGAUGAUUGGUGCUGGUAGUUUCAACAAAGAUGAGAGUUCAGAAAUUUUCGUUGCAUAUGAUGGCAUCGAUUAUAUAGAUGUGCUGGUUACAUACGACAUCGGAUCUUUCAGUAAUCACAUUAAAUAUUCCACUGGCCAGUGGCCUAGAUCUGUAGCUCUUGGCGAUUUUAAUAACGACACCCAUCUGGAUAUCGUCAUCGCUAAUCAGUACGACAACACUGUAAGUAUCCUUCUCGGAUAUGGAAAUGGUUCUUUUACUAAUCAAACGACAUAUUCAACUGGCUCUAAGCCAUGGUCUGUAGCUGUUGGCGAUUUUAACAACGACACCAAUCUGGAUAUCGUCGUCACUAAUAGACAUGACACUAGUAUAAGUAUCCUUCUCGGAUAUGGAAAUGGCUCUUUUACAAAUCAAACGAAAUAUUCAACUGGCUCUGGCGAAUUAUGUGGAGCUAUUGGUGACUUUAACAACGACACUCGACUAGAUAUCGUGGUCGCUAAUGAUGAAAACACUGUAAGCAUCCUUCUCGGAUAUGGAAAUGGCUCUUUUAAAAAUCAAACGAAAUAUUCAACAGGGUAUGGACCAUGGCCUGUAACUGUUGGUGAUUUAAAUAACGAUACUCGAUUGGAUAUCGUCGUUGUUAAUUUUGGUGACAACACUGUAAGCAUCCUUCUCGGAUAUGCCAAUGGCUCUUUUGCAAAUCAAACGACAUAUUCAACUGGUGCUGAGCCCCUGUCUGUAGCUGUUGGUGAUUUUAACAACGACACUCGAUUGGAUAUUGCCGUUGCUAAUACUGAUGACAACACUGUAAGUAUCCUUCUCGGAUAUGGUGAUGGCUCUUUUGCGAAUCAAACGAAAUAUUCAACUGGCUCUGGACCAACUUCUGUAGCUAUUGAUGAUUUUAACAACGACAACCAACUAGAUAUCGUCGUCGCUAAUUGGAAUGACAACACUAUAAGUGUCCUUCUUGGUUUUGGCAAUGGUGUUUUUGGAAAUCAAAUGAUCUAUUCAACUGGCAUUAGUCCUUCAUCUGUAGCUGUUGGCGAUUUAAAUAAUGACACCCGAUUGGAUAUCGUCGUCACUAAUCUGAAUGAAUACACUGUUGAUGUAUAUCUCGGAUAUUCGAAUAAAGGUUUUCUUAAGCAAAUGAGACUCAUAACUGGCAAUGGAUCUCGCCCUAAGUCAUUCGCCAUUGGAGAUUUUAAUAAUGACAGUCAAAUAGAUAUUGCAAUUGUGAAUUCAGGCAUUAACAACGUCGGUAUUUUUCUGAGAUAUGAUAAUGGUUCUUUUGCAAAUCAAAUGACAUAUUCAACUGAUUCUUCUCCAUGGUCGGUGGCUGUUGGUGAUUUCAACAACGAUACCAUACUUGAUAUUGUCGUCGCGAAUCUUGGCAGUGACACUGUUGGUAUCUUUCUCGGACAGGGUAAUGGUUCUUUUUCAAGCCAGAAAACGUUUACAACUGGUUUAAACUCUCAACCAAACGCAGUUGUUGUUGGAGAUCUCAACAACGACACCUUGCUAGACAUUAUUGUUGCUAACUAUGGCACAAACAACAUAGGUUUGUUGCUUGGUUAUGGGAAUGGUUCCUUCGCAAGUGUCAAGUUUUUUUCAACCGGUUAUGGAUCUCUUCCGUUCUCGAUUUCCGUUGGUGAUUUAGACAAUGAUGGAAAAUUGGAUUUCGUCGCCGCCAACGAAGGUGCUGACAAUUUAAACAUUUUUUUACAGACCUGUUAAUAUUACUACUACUGGCUUAAGCUUUUUUUUCAUUGUUCGACUGUUUCUAACUUCUAUUUAGUGCUACUAAUAUUUCUUCUAACUUUUUUUGGGCGUUAGCAUGUCUUCAGCAUUAAUAAAUUUGAUAUAAAGACAAGAAAUAUCACAGGAAGCUACCACAAUGGGUUUCAAUUCGACGGAGAAACUCGUCAGGGGUAGAGUGUAGAUAUGUCAAACAUACCAUGAUGCCUUUGAAUAUUGCUCUAGGAUCUCAGCAGAUGAUUUGAAAAAAUGUAUCUUUUCAAGCGGUAUUAAGUUCGUAGAGAAGAUAGAUAAUCUACGAUUAGCUUUUAUAGCUUUUUUGAAGCGUAGAGAAAAUUAUAGUCUACUGUUAUCGUGUUUCUGUACGGCAUAUCGAAAGAAGAAAAAUUGUUUGUAUGUCCCAUCGCUAUUGGUUUGCAUAAUUUGUUCAUUUUAACUAAUCAUAGUAAUUAGGACAUAAUAUUUUUAGUUCUCAUAACCUUUUUAGCAAUACGGUUUUUAAGUAGUUUACACUUUGGCGAGUCUAAGUUUUGUAAAUCCUCGUAUCUUCUUGCAUUUCUUCUGAGUUGUUUAUCUUCAGUGCUCAUGGUUAAAGGAUUUUGACCAGUCUAAUGAAAACCUUUCAUAUUUUCAAAACAGAAUAAACUCUUUAUUGCGUAGCCUGAUUAUACAGGAUGUCGGUAUAUCAUUGGCUUCCAUCGCUGGUAUGAGUGAAUUGGAGCAUCAUAAACGAUAAGUUGUAAAUUAUCAUUCUAUUGAGUUCUAUCGUUUCAAAAAGUUCUAAUUAGAAUGAAGUUUUUAUAUUCAAUCUUUUUUUUUAUUCAAAUAAUUACGGGACACAAAAAUUCAUGAUCAUAAAAUGACAAGUACGACUGUCAUUAUCCGAGAAAAUAUUUCAUCUCGAUGUUACAAUAGCAAAUAAUCACAUAGUAUUUCCGUGAUGACCAUUAUGUUCAGUAAGAAGGAGUGCCAUGUUAUAUGGAUUGCUAUGCACUACUUCUGUCAUGUUCAGACUAUUUCAAUUUUCGACAAUAAGUUAUGUUAUUGAAGAGGUAGUUCCGUAUUUGGUGUAUCACAUGUAAAAAAAUAGGGAAAAAAUCAGAUUGAAAUCGAUUAUAAUCAUACACUUUUAAUCGAUUUUGAAUCGAUUAGAAAUCAAUUAAAAUCCAUAGCAAUCAUUACAAAUCGACUUGCAUUAUUGCUACGCUAUAAUGGCUAUAUUCUACGAACUACUUUCUAAAAAAAGGGUGUGCGGAUGUGGGUGUAAAUGAAAAGAAAAUCAUGUCCACACUAGGGGUGUUACUUUAUCUUUAUUGACCUUUAUAUUGAACAAUAAAGAUAAAUACAUGUAUUUAAAAAAUAAACAUAGGGUGGGUGUGGGUGUGGGUGUGGGUGGAUGUGUUAGCGUGCGUUCUUUUGUUCAAAACCACACGCACUGCACACCCAUAUCCAGCUCAGAAAAUAUCGAAACCAAUCUUGUUUACAUUGAUUUUUGCAUCAUGUCGAGUGUCGAGCAACAGAAAGACUCGAUUGAUAUUGAAAGUGAUGGCCCAAAUGAAAACUUUUAUCUUCUCUAUAAUCAAUCUUGAGAAAAAAAAUAUGUUUCUUUGCUAUAAAAUGAGCCCAAUUGUUUCAGAUUAGUCAGCUGAAUAGAUAAGCAUCUCCAAAUGAUACAAAAGAUUGGCCGAAAUCCUUGGAGACGGAAUUCUAUCAUCAUUUUCCUCGACUGCUAAUUAUUGACGUUCGAGAAGGUUUAAAUGAUUUAAUUAUUCGAACUGAUUCCUCUUCCGAGUGACAAAUCCAUAAGUCUUGCAUUUUUCAGUUAUCCACUCACUUCGAUUUUGAAUUUGAACAGAAUACAAAAAUUAAAUAUGUUUUCCUCUUCUAUCCAUCGUUCUCUCAGAAAUUGACACUGAUCAAAGAUUGGCAAGAGCCAAAGAUAGAAUCGAAUCAAUUUUUACUCUUCAUAAUCUCGCUUUCGACGUGUCUUUUUCUUCAUUCAGACAUAUGAUCUUCAUGUUGAUCGAUGAGAAAUGACGAUACCUGUCGUUAGAACAAUUUCAAGUGAAUGCAUUUAACUUAAUAUCCUUGAUUGGAUCGAUUCUUUCGUUCAUUGGAUCUGAAUUGAUAAACUAGAGCUGAUCUUCCCCUUUGACAGAGAACUCUCUCAACACAUCUACCUUACCUUUGAUUUGUUAACAAUGCAGUACUAAAGUGAAUUACUUUUAAGUUAAACUUCUAAACCAAAGUGAAAAUGUCAGAUCUAUUCGCAUGCUGAACAAGUUUGUAUUCUUCUUCGUAAAAGCAAAUCUUCUGUAAGGAUCUAUCAAAAAAAAAAAUUUUUAGUUGAUUUUUCAAUCUCUCCUUUUUAAUGUCGACACUGUCUAGGCAUGUACCGAGCCCGAGUAGCUCGGGCUCGGUCAGGCUCGGGCUCGGUCAGGCUCGGGCUCGGUCAGGCUCGGGCUCGGUCAGGCUCGGGCUCGGUCAGGCUCGGGCCCGGUCAGGCUCGCGCCCGGUCGGGC